AGGAGAGGCGAGGGCGAGGUGAGGGUGAGGUGAGGUUGUGAGGUGAGGAGAGGUGAGGUUGUGAGGUGAGCAUGCAGCGCGCCACGGGGAGCUUCCCGCUGCCGCCUCGUCACAAGGAGCGACUGACGGCCGCCGGGUUCGAGACCGCGGGAGACCUCGUGGGGGUGAAACCCUCGGAGCUCAGCCGCGAGCUGGGAGUUUCGAAAGAGGAGGCUCUGGAUAUUCUGCAGACUGUGCUGAGAAGAGACGCGGACGACAACGCGGAGUCGACGGAAGCCUGCGCAGAGACGCCAGCGGCAGCAGCAGCAGCAGCAGCAGCAUCAGCAUCAUCGUCAUCAGCAGCAGCAGCAGCAGCAGCGGUGCCAUCGUCAUCAGCAGCGGUGCCAUCGUCAUCAGCGGCACCAUCGUCAUCAGCAGCAGCAUCAGCACCACCACCACCACCACCACCAUCAGCGGUUGCGGACGAGCACAGCGCCAGCCCGAGCCGCUGGCUUCCCUCCGGCGCCCGCGGCUCGCGCGGCACGGCGCUCCGUGGCCAAGCAGCCACCGCCGGCACCACCGCCGCCGGCACCGCCGCCGGCUUGGCCGCGGCGGUGCCGGUGACGGCGCUGGAGCUGCUCCUGCAGGAGGAGGCGGUGCGCGACGGGGUGGUGGUGUCCUUCUGCGCCGCUCUCGACUCGCUGCUGGGGGCGAUUCCCACGGGCGCCAUCACCGAGCUGUGUGGGGCGCCCGGCGUCGGCAAGACGCAGAUCUGCGUGCAGCUGGCUGUGGCUGCGAGCGUGCCCGAGGCGCUGGGCGGGCUGGCCGGCAGCGCCGUCUACGUGGACACAGAAGGGGGGUUCAUGGCACAGCGCUCCGCCCAGAUCGCCCUCGCCGCGGUCCACCACUGCCGGCUCGCCGCACAGCGCCUGGACCACCAAGACGCUCUCCAGGUCGCAUCGUCCUUCACGCUGGAAGCCGUCCUCUCCUCCAUCCACCUUUUCCGCUGCCACAGCCACACGGAGCUCGCCGCCCCGGAGCCCACCUCCGGCCCGACUUCCUCGGGCGGCACCAAAGGUGAGCGGUGGUGGUGGUGGUGGGUGGUGAGCUCACCCGUGAGGGCGAGGACCUGUGCUAUACGGUAUUGGGACUCGCCCCCCUGCCCCACCGUGUGUGGUGAGCAGGUGAGGUUGGUGGUGGUGGACAGCGUCGCUUUCCCCUUCCGUCACGGCUUCGACGACCUGCGCCUCCGCACUCGGCUCCUCAACGGCCUGGCCCAGCAGCUGAUAGCCCUGGCCUGUACUCACCAUCUCGCUGUGGUGCUCACCAACCAGAUGACGACCCGGGUGAGCGGCGAGCGGGAGUCUGUGCUGGUACCGGCGCUAGGCGAGAGCUGGGGACACGCGGCCACGCACCGUCUGGUGCUGCGCUGGGAGGGGAGGACCAGAGUGGCGACCGUCUACAAAUCUCCGAGUCACCGGGAGGACAGCGCCUGCUUUGCCAUAACGCCGGACGGGGUGAGGGACGUGCCGCAGCCUCCCGCUCCUCGCCACAGCCUGGAGUCCAACCCACGCAAACGGAGGCGCGGGGACGGCGAGCCCCCUCCGCCUCCUUCCCCCGAGGGACCCGCACCCAGCCUGGCCCCGCCGGCUAGGAGGUGUUGACUGCAUCGCCCGGUGCGCGGGAGGUCGGGGGUUCGGAAACCUGCCGAUGCCUGCUGCUGCAUAUUUGGGGUUUGCUCGCGCGUGUCUCUCUCUAACUCUGCCCCGUGAUGAGAUGGUGACUGCAUCGCCCGGUGCGCGGGAGGUCGUGGGUUCGAUCCCGACCCUGACAAAUGCCUGUUGUACAUUUGGAGUUUGCUUGUCUCUCUGACCGUGGUGAGAUGUUGACUGCAUCG